CGUUGUGCAUCUCCCUACUGAUCUCUGCCGAAAAUCGUAGCGUUGUGCAUCUUCUUACUGAUCUCUGGUGCAUCUCCCUACUCAUCUCUUCUUCUUACAUUAAUAAACACCAGGUGGAUUGCGAUUUAAAUGGAAUGAGAGCACAUGAUAGCACUGGAGAACACGUAAUUUCCAAGGAGAAUUGUGUUUAGUUAUUUAGUAGUGUCCUACUUAUCUGUGGUAGUAUCACAAAAACCCAAUCAUGCUGUUUCGUUUCUGCAAAUUAUGUCAAAGAGUUGAACGCUCUGCAAUUGUCUUACAAAGAUUUAGAUCUACACAGACUCUGCAGAAGGAGGAGGAUAAUCAUCAAGCUAUGACAUCUACUGAAGCAAAACAGGAGAACACUAGAAUAAUCACUUGCAAAAGAAGUGAAUUCAAUUUUUAUUUGGGACAGACCUAUUCAAAGUUUGAACCUAUUCCAUUAGCAUCAAGAGGAUGGCAACACAAAGAAGCCAGAGGAGAUUAUUUUGUCAUACAUCCCUUAAUGGAGGAAAUACCACUGAAUGAAGAUGUAACUUUUCAAAAACUCAAAAUUGACCCUAGGCUUCUUAAAAAAUUAGAAGAAAGCAAUAUAGCUUCUCCUACAGAGAUUCAAAAACUUGCAAUUCCUAUUUUGGAAACUGGUUGCAAUACAUUAAUAUCUGCUGAAACUGGUUGUGGAAAAACAUUAGCCUUUCUACUGCCAUUAGUACAACAAAUUCUACGAUGGAAGAAGCUCAUUGACAGAAAGCCAAAUACUCCUCUAGGAUUAAUUAUAACUCCUAGUAGAGAAUUGGCGAUGCAAAUUGCAGCUCAAGUAACUACAUUAACUAGAGGAAUAGAUUUUCGGAGUAAGUUAUUAAUUGGUGGUAGAACAAAAAAACUCAUGCUAAAUCCAAGUGUAACAGAUGUAGACCUCUUGAUAUGCACAUUGGGAGUUAUGAGUAAAUUAUCUACCAAUAAUAUCUACAAACUUCAGGCUGUUCGUCAUGUGAUUUUGGAUGAAAUGGAUGCCUUGUUUGAUGAAACUUUUGUCGAGAAACUAAUACCCUUCAUGCGCAGGAUUCCUCUUAAUUCCAGUGGGCAUGCAGAUGAUAUCACUAAAUACCCAGCAUAUUCACAGCUGACUUUAGUAUCCGCUACGCUGCCUCCUGAAGUAAUGGAUGUGGUUGAGAAAAUCGUGGAUCCCAAUUCAAUGCAACACGUAAGGACGGACAAGCUUCAUAAGAUUUUGGUGACGCAAAAGUUCAAACGCGUGGGCAAAUCCCAAAAACCUCAGGAACUGCUAAAAUUAGUGAAACAAAGGUCAUCAUGUAAGCAGCCGACCAUUGUGUUCAGCAAUGACAGUGCCACUUGUGAUUGGAUUAGCAUAUUCCUCAAGCAAUUCAACGUUGACAAUACCCAUUUGAAUGGUCGAAUGCCGAUGGUCAUCAGAGAAGGAAAAUUCGCUGAGUUUCAAAAAGGCAUGACGCACGUUUUGUCUACGACCAAUGCAGGAGCCAGAGGUCUCGACACUACAUCAGUUACUCACAUCAUCAACUAUGAUUUCCCUUUGAAUACCGUUGAAUACAUUCACAGAUGCGGGAGAACUGGGAGAAUCGGAAGUCAGAAUAACUGCAAAAUCACAAAUUUCAUAGCAAGGCCCUUAGAAAUAGCAGUCACUCAGAAAAUCGAAAAGGCAGCUCGAAAGAUGCUUCCUAUACCCAUCUGCGAUUUGACGGGUACAGUUUUAGAGAAAAAGAAGCAAAUACAGCCGGUACCACGACCAAGCCAAAAACGAAUGAGAGCUGUUCAGCCGGAAAAGCCUGUUGAAAAGAAGAAAACAGUAGUAGUAGAAGAUCCAAGUAUCCCAUAUUGAACAAAAUGAAGCGCCUUGUACAAAAAAUGAAGUUAUCACCGAAAUAAAGGAUAUCAUUCGCGGCUUAUGAAUUAUUCGAGCUCUUUCGUCAAAUUUCUGCUUUACAAGAAAUGCAACUCAGGUUUUACGAGUAACCACUAGAAAUCACAUCGAUGUAGGAUGGACCCAUUUGAAAAUUAGGUACUUUAAAUAAAGAAUAAAAAAACUUCAAUGAUCGACAAUGUAGUCAGCA